UACAAAUUGCAGAGGUUUUCAUGCAAAUGACAGGAACUGGGAAAUAAGUAGUGAAACCUUGAGCAUGACUUCCGAUAAUCCUGUAUGCUUUUCUGAGUAUAUUGAUGUGAAUGGAGUGAAUACACAUGUGUUGAAAUAUGACUAUGACAGAAAAGAAAACUUACAUCAGAAAGAUACUAAUGAACAUUCCAAGCGUUGUGAUGUGUUAGUGCUACUAAUACCAGGUAAUCCUGGAAUUGUUGGGUUUUAUGAGGAUUUUAUGUUAACACUAUAUGAUGCAAGCAGUAGAAGGGUACCUGUAUGGGGAAUAUCACAUGCUGGCCAUGAACUGACCCCAGGCAUGAACAAAAGAUGUUGCACUUGGAAACAUAAUGAGAAAUUGAAUUUACGUGGACAAGUAAAACAUAAAGUAGAUUUCAUUAAGAACCACAUAUCACCAGACACCAAGGUUAUUCUUAUAGGACACUCCAUAGGUUGUUACAUCAUUUUAGAAAUCCUGAAAGAACUACCUAGACUAAAUGUAUUGAAAUGUGUACUCUUAUUUCCUACUAUUGAAGGGAUGUGGGAGUCACCUAAAGGUACUUGGAUGGCUCCUUUUUUGGUGUAUUUAAGAUGGGUAGCUAUACUACCAGUAUAUUUAGCAUCGUAUUUGUCUCCAUGGGUUCAAUGGAAUCUUAUACAGUGGUACUUCAAAGGACGUAAGGUGAGAUACAACCUGCAACAAAUCACUGCCAGUCGCAACAUAUUUAUAUUGUGA